AUGGUUAAGGGGAAACUAUAUGGGAACAAGGACAACUUUAGGACGCAAAAGGUCCUUAUCGCGGCAAAGCUUGGAAAUGCUGAUUUGCAACUUGCUGGCGAAAACCCACCUGCUGACAAGUUCCCGCUUGGCGUGACUCCAGCAUUUGAAGGUGAUGUCAAUCUUUUUGGUGCUGAGUCAAUCGCUAUCCAUGUAGCUGGGUGUGCAAACGCAUGCGUCAAGAACUGCGCCGAAAUCGUGCAAUGGCUCCAGUGGGCUGAAGGGACAUUGCUUCCAAUAGUGCUAGGUUAUGUUCUCCCAUCAGUCUCUGCUGCUCAUCUUGACAAAAAAGCUGUUGACGCAUACAAAGCGGAACUCUUUGCUCAACUAACCCAUCUUGACGAAAUUCUUCUGUCGAGGACUUUCCUUGUUGGAGAGCGUCUCUCUUUAGCAGACAUCUCCGUGGCUCUAGAUCUCCUACCGGCCUUUCAGCAUGUACUCGAUGCUUCCAUUCGUAAGAAGUAUGGUAAUGUUACAAGGUGGUUCCAAACAGUGGUGCAUCAACCCAGUGUAAAAGACGUCUUGAAGGACGUGCACUUCUGCGACAAAGUAUCCCAAUUCAAUCAGGCGAAAUUCAAUGAGAUUUCGGCGAAGAACCAGCAGCAUGCUGGUAAGCAUGCUCCAAAGAAGGAAGAGAAGAAGAAAGACCAUCCAAAGCCGGCAGCUAAAGCCAAGGAACCAGAACCCGAUGACGGUGGUGACGAGGUUGUUGUAGAAAAAUCGAAAGAUCCCUUCGCAGACAUGCCAAAGGGAACUUUUGUAAUGGACGCUUUCAAACGUGUGUAUUCAAAUGAGGACACUGCGACGAAGGCGAUACCGUAUUUCUGGGACAACUUCGACGCCGAAGCGAACUCGAUUUGGUAUUGUGAAUACAAGUACCCAACGGAGCUCACGCUGACCUUCAUGAGCUGCAACCUUAUUUCUGGCAUGUACCAGCGGCUGGAGAAACUUAAGAAGAAUGCGUUUGCAUCAAUGAUCCUUUUCGGAACCGACAAUAAUUCAACCAUUAGUGGUAUUUGGGUAUGGAGAGGUCAAGAGCUCGCUUUUCCGUUAUCUCCUGAUUGGCAGGUGGAUUAUGAGUCCUAUACAUGGACCAAGCUUGACCCAAAGGACGAGAAGACAAAGAAGCUGGUCAACGAGUAUCUUUUGUGGGAAGGUGACUUUGACGGAAAGAAAUUCAACCAAGGGAAAAUAUUCAAAUAG